CGCUGCUGAAACUCUAGUCAAGUGGGGAGAUAAGGUUACUGCCUUCGGUAACACACUCCGCUGCCCGAGCCUGGCGAGGUUGUCUCCGCAGAGUCUUUGGAUGUGGACGUAGUAAACAUGGGCUGGAAAGACAGGCGCUGAGCGAGGAGGACAGGAUGGAUGCCGAAUGCUGAAAUGUUAUCUUUGAAAGAGGUGCCGUGGAGCAGGGCAUCGCUGAGUGUCCGGAAGAUGUCAACCGCCCGCGCCCACUAGCAUGCCCGGAUGGUUCAAGACGGCGUGGUACGGGCUGGCCUCUCUUCUCAGCUUCUCCUCCUUCCUCCUCCUCAUCGUUGCCCUGGCCGUGCCCCACUGGCUGAGUGGGAAAAUCCUCUGUCAGACGGGCGUGGACCUGGUCAAUGCCACGGAUCCAGAGCUGGUCAAGUUCCUCGGGGACAUUUACUACGGGCUCUUCAGGGGGUGCAAGGUACGGCAGUGCGGGCUCGGGGGCCGCCAGUCCCGCUUCACAAUCUUCCCACACUUGGUGAAGGAGAUCAAUGCCAGCCUUCAUGUGACAAUUUUGCUGCUCCUCUUCCUGGCCUUGGCACUGGCUCUGGUCAGCAUGGGCUUUGCCAUCCUCAACAUGGUCCAGGUCCCUUAUCGGGCAGUCAAUGGCCCCGGGGGCAUCUGCCUGUGGAACAUCCUAGCAGGUGGAGCCGUGGCAUUAGCCAUCGCCAGCUUCAUGGCCGCGGUGAAAUUUCACGACCUGACAGAUCGGAUCGCCAACUUCCGGGAGCAGCUCUUCCAGUUCGUCGUGGUGGAGGAGCACUAUGAAGAGUCCUUUUGGAUCUGCGUGGCCAGUGCUUCGGCCCACGCAGCCAACCUGGUUGUGGUGGCGAUCAGUCAGAUUCCUCUCCCGGAGAUCAAGGCCAAAAUUGAAGAGGCCACGGUCACAGCCGAGGACAUCCUGUACUGAUCACCUCCUCAGGCCCAUGCCCUGUCCUGAACCCGCUCUGUAGUGUAAAUGGGAACCUCACUUCUUUGCAGCCUUCUUACUUUCUGUCCUUGCAGUAAGAAGAAGGGUGAAAAAGAAGGGUGUGGAAGGACCCAGAAGCUGGCUGGACUGGCGAGGACAAGCCUCCCCAGAGUCCCCAGCAUAACUGCAUCCUUCUCUCAUGACCUUGAGGUUGGAGCUUCCUGUGUGUGACAGUGGACAAUCACUUCAUGUCUACUUGUUGGUUUUCCCUCUGUAAGACGGGGAGAAGUACAACUUGUGAGGUUUAAGUAAGUGAUAAUGUAGGAAUGUUCUAUAAGUAUAAAGUAUUCUCUAGUAGGUGUGAUGGAAAU